AUGGUAAAAACUCUUACACAUUUGUUAGUAGAGAACCAUUUGCCAUUACGACAUAAAGUGACCUCGACCACAAAAAUGGCAGCCGAAGGUAAAGCUGGAGGAUUAACGGUCGCUGAGCCUGAGGUUGGACCUGAUGGAGAGAUCAUUGGAGGACCGCGCACACCGCAGCAGAUCGCGGCACAAAGACGAUUGCAACAGAGCCAGGCGCAGGUUGAUGAGGUGGUUGAUAUAAUGAAAACAAAUAUGGAUAAAGUAUUGGACCGAGAUGUGAAAUUAUCAGAACUUGACGACAGAGCAGAUGCACUUCAACAAGGUGCGUCACAGUUUGAGCAACAGGCAAAGAGUUUGAAAAACAAGUUCUGGUUACAAAAUCUUAAGAUGAUGAUAAUUAUGGGAGUAAUUGGCAUCGUAAUAAUAGGCCUACUGUUUGUUCGGUACCGAGGCACGCCGACUAUGAACGGCCCUCCAACAACUCCGGCAAUUGUCAUGGAAAACACUACACCAGCAAAUGCUAAACUUUGUAAGUAA